UGGAAACAACUUCAAUUAUCCCGCAAUUCAGAUUCAGCCUUAACAAUAUCCAAUAUCAGCUUCGUCUACAUUUACGUUUACCUACGCGCCAAUUAGUUCAAUAUUUUCAACUAUCUUGUCAUUGUAAAAUCCGAGUUAGCAUCAGCUCUAUUUGGACGCGACAAUCACGACGAACGCGCUAGCUUGCAUCGUUACUCGCCAUCACAUUUACAAUAUAAGAGUCUAUAUCGAACAAAUAAAACAUCCAAUGCCGCCCCGAAAACGAAAGAAUAAAGAAACAGUAGGGCCCGCCGCGGAACCUGCCUCUCCAUCGCCAGAUCCAGACCCAGAGCGCUCCCCUCCAGGAUCCGAUGCGUCGCCCGCGUCGCCAAGUGCCGACUUGUCCCACAACGAUUCGGAGCCGCCACGCUUCUUCAACACCACCUUUACUACGUAUCGCGUAUCGCCUCUUUACGUCGGCAAGCAAAAACUAACGCCUGUGCGCCUACAACUCCUAUCUAAGCGCCUACGAGACGCUCUUGUCGGUGAUGUAGUACGUGGCGUACAGGUCGGGUUAGACAGUGAUGCAGAAUUAGGGCGUACAGGUGCCUUAUAUGCUGCGGAGUGGCGAUGGAUCGAUGCCGAUAAAAUACUCGGAGGUAACCGGCGAGAAGGUAGCGUAGAGUUAGGGAAUCACGCUGAUGAAGCUGAUGAGCGGGCGCAAGGAGGGAAACGACAAGUUCUAUCUAUAGAGUUGAGGUACGAGAACGCUCGGUUUAGCGCUCUGCUCUUGUCCGAUCUAUCUGGAAACGAAGGUAUACCGGGCUCUAAUUAUCGGCCCCCGUGGACGUGGCAGACGGAUGAUAAUAGUGGCCUCAGAUCAGGAGAAGAUGGUCAAACAGCAUUCUUACACUUGCCAUUGCUUCUAUUCCGGAUGCCUGCACCUCUCAAAUCUGUACUCAUAGAUUUCCUGUCAAACACUUUUGACUGCCGUGUUAGUCCCCUUGCGCUAGGCACACAGACGCUCGUGAGUAGUUGGGAAACCUGGUUGUCCGAUAAUUACUCCAAGAGAAACCGACAUGUGCCGGGUAAAAACAUUCUUAUUACGCUCGGUUUUCACAUUGAGCCAAGGGAGUCUAAAGGACAAAGCAGUGGAAAUGAACUUGACGAUACAAGUGAACAGGAUCAAGGCCAGAAGCGAGACCUGCCUCAUGUAGGCAUAAAAACUAUUGACGUCACCAUUCCUGCCGCAGAUGCGUACCGGUUCCUUCGCGUGGGUGAGAAGUUUGACAGCAAACCCACAACCGCUGUCAUAACGGGGAAGCGGAAAACGGACGCACAAACCACUUUAUCAGAUGACCAGCAGAGUAGGAGGCGCCGGAAGCUCGCGGGCGGCAAGGAUGAAGAGGGAUGGGCAUGGCGCAGGCAAUAUCACGGUAGUAUCGAAGCAGAAGCAGAAAAGAACGUUAUCAAGCAGCCAUUCGCCGAUGCCCUAGCCGCGUACAUGUGGCACCACAUUGGCCUGGAUAUGUUUCACCCGGGCGUUCGCGUGCAGCGAGUUGCAUGUGACGGCUUUGCACUGUCUGAGGGGAGGCUCAAAGUAUUCACCCCGGUUCGCGGGCAUAGCAGCGAUGCCGAUGAGCACGAAUCUUCCGCGUGGAAGCUAGUCCAAGGGUUGGUGCGGAAAGCUAAGGGGACGCCAAGCUGGGCUUCUGAAGCAGCAGCAAAGAUAAUAGGACAGCGUUAAGGUGUAAAUAUCUAAGGUAGGGACACGAAGCGUGACUUAUAACCUAAGGAAUCAGGAAUGGUUGGUACAAGCAGAGAUACCUAAAGUUAGGAACAGUUUAUGAGGACGUGGAUGGUUAAUGAUACCCUCGGAUGUAGCAUUGGUAAGGAGUCAACAGGUCAAAUGAAAAUUAAUAUAUUCUUCAGUCUCGGGUUACAUAGUUCACUGUGUCCCCUGCAUCAAGAAAGAAUAGCAAUUAUAGGAGCCCAUUUGAAGCCUCAAGGUUGACAGCCAACUUGCUCUCAAAUCGGCAACGAUUACUAGAUAAAAGUAUCGGGACGAAAACCCCAUCGUGUGAUAUGUGCGUUUAAAAAACUCGACUCCUUGCUUGUAGCUUGUAGUGCUCAGCAUGUACCUAUAUACAGUUGGCCGCAGAAUAAUGCUGGACGUGGAAUCAUAACCCCCCCCGACCCUCCCUAAACCUGCCAA